GGUCCCAUUGGAGGAGGGGGAGGAUGAUUGGAGUCGGUGCAGCUGACUUCCAUCUUGGGGUCCUCUGGAGCGUUGACUAAUUUCUGGUUGGUGACAGCUGCUGCUGGCCGCCUCUCCGGUAACCAUCGGACGAAGUCCGUACUGCAGACCCAUGUCUCCUUGGAAACUUUCAUUGACAGUUUCGGCUCACACAUCAUCAAUAGCAAACAUUCCGGCAGCGUAUUUGACGAUGAUGAUGAGUUUUCCUUUUCUUCAUCCUCCUGGAUAGUCUCUCUCUAUGGUGGUGCCUUUGGUUUCAUCAUUUUUAUCAACUUCCACAUCUUCGUAUGCUCCUCUUGAGGCGGUUCUUGGCUUUCUUGGCCAUCUGCUGCUUCAAUUUGCUCGACCUUUUCACUAUCAGAUGCAUUUUCUGCAUCAUCAGGUUCAGAUAACAAAAAGGUAGCGGCAGCCACCGGAGGAGCCUCCGCAAUCCUAUUUCCAGAAACAUCGUACUUGUUGUAAGCCACUGCCGUCUCCGAAGGAGCCUCCUCCGCGAUCCUCUUUCCAUAAACAGCGUAAUUGUUGGGAGCCACCGCCAUCUCUCUACCGCUGUGAGGCCCAACCUUCUUCUUCUUGUUGUUUUUCAGUCCAAAAACCAUGAGACGCCAUGGCUGGCAGCGUCCUCUUCACCCUUUACAGCCUUGAUUUUGGUGCCCAUGGUUUUGGAUACUACGGUAAAGUCUUCAUCCUUGGUAUGAACGGGGAACGAUGAAUUUUCCACGGGCCAUACCCAUGGCAGCUUUAUAGAGCGGAAAACUGGCCUCAGCUGUCCCCCCCAUUAUUGACGAAAAUAUGGCAUGUAGCGUCCAUGGUCACAGGGCCUAGAUCUCAUAAAAUCCCUUUGCGGAUUGUAGCUUGUGCUUCGGAGAGCCAAAGUCCGGGUGGUUCUAAUCCGGGUUCGGUUCGUGGGUCGGGUCCUGGACCUGGGUCAAGCCAGAGUUCGUUUCUUUCCCCGGGCCAAACUUAUGCACUGUUGAAGCAACAAAUGGAAGUCGCCGCAAAAUCUGAGGAUUACGAGGAAGCAGCAAGGCUGCGGGACUCAUUGAAGACUUUUGAGGAUCAGGAGCCAGUUUUGCGGCUUAAAAGAUUAUUGAAAGAAGCCAUUGACAAUGAGCGGUUUGAGGAUGCAGCUCGGUAUCAUGAUGAGCUGAAGGAAAUUGCCCCACAUUCUCUCUUGAAUUGUUCAAGCGAUGCUACAACCUCGGGCAUAAGGGUCCAAGUUAGGAGUGUCUACAUAGAAGGCCGAAGUCAGCCUUCAAAAGGCCUGUAUUUCUUUGCAUAUAGAAUAAGAAUCACCAAUAAUUCAGACCGCCCUGUUCAACUUCUUAGAAGGCACUGGAUCAUCACUGAUGCCAAUGGGAGAACUGAACAUGUCUGGGGAAUUGGAGUUAUUGGUGAACAACCAGUUAUAUUACCUAAUACUGGUUUUGAGUAUUCAUCUGCAUGCCCAUUGGGCACGUCGAGUGGGAGGAUGGAGGGGGACUUCGAGAUGAAGCAUGUCGAUAAAGUAGGCUCGAGGACAUUUAAUGUGGCUAUUGCACCCUUUUCUCUCUCCACAUUUGAAGAUGGUGGAGAUAGUUUUUGAGACGAGAACUGAGAGAGAGACAGCACUGAGAUUUAGUUGAAGAUGCAUCAAUUUGGAAAUGAACCAUAUUUUAGUAUAUUUGUAGACAAAGAAUCUGUAGAGUAACUUAUAGGACAUAGCCUUGUAUCCACAAACAAUGCAAGAAUUUAUUUUCAGGUCUCCUAGACUUUGGCUCGUUUGCUGCUGUCUGGAGAAUAGAAACAACUCUCACAUACAAUUGUACAAGCCUUUUGUACCUGCAUUGUAUACUCACAUUGGAUUAUUUUUAAGUGCCAAUUUUUUUAACUUGUA